AUUCUAUUGUGAACUUCUCUCUCAUAAAAACUUUCUUGGUUUCUUUGUGGUAAAGAGAAGCAAAAAUGGGCGCUCUUGAUUAUAUCUCUAACUUUUGCACUGUCACCACCACAAGAAGUAGAACCAAACGCAAACCAAUGCAGACAGUUGAAAUCAAAGUGAAAAUGGACUGUGAUGGGUGUGAAAGAAGAGUUAAACAAGCUGUUACUUCCAUGAAAGGUGUAAAAAGAGUGGAAGUGAUAAGAAAAGAAAGCAAGGUGGUAGUAAAUGGAUAUGUGGAUCCAAACAAGGUGUUAAAGAGAGUAAAGAGCACAGGCAAAAGAGCUGAAUUUUGGCCAUAUAUCCCUCAGCAUCUGGUUCACUAUCCUUAUGUAGCUGGUGCCUAUGACAAGUUUGCACCCAGUGGCUAUGUUAGGAAUGUUGUUCAAGCUCAUCCUCCCUCCACUGCCCCUGAAGAUAACAUGGUCUCUAUUUUUAGUGAUGAUAAUGUCAAUGCUUGUUCUAUUAUGUAAUAAU